CAACUGCCCUGAGGCUGUGGCGGAGUUUUGUGCAUUGCUGACGAGCAUUGCUGCCGUCUCUGUGAUUGUGAUUAGCAAUUGACAAUUGGCAGGGCAACCGCAAUUGCACGCUCGGAAGGACCGUUUGUCUGCAGAAAGGACGGCCUGAUUCAUUUUGAAUCCACAUUGUUGUGUUGGGAGAAAUAUUGUGUAUUAACUUGUAAAAAAAAAAAGCUACUGAGACACACCGUAUUGGUAGAAGUACAGCAGUUCCUAGUCCAGGAUUGCUCUCAGGACAGGACUGGCAGUUUAACAGAAGGAAGAAGAAAUAAUUAAGCUGUUCACGUUUUCUUGAAAAAGGCCGUGUUUUCACUCAUCCUGACAUACAGCUUAUUUAUUAAACGGAUGACAGUUUCUGGGUUUGCAUAGCAUAUGUAAAGCAAUCAGGGUCGGGCAUGUGUGAAGCAAGUCACAGUGAUGGGAAGAUGUGAACAUGACGUCGCAGUGUGUACUUUGCUCAUGGAUACUCGAGCUCUGAUAUCUGAAUAUAAGUACUUAAAUUGCAGGAUUUGUGUUGUGAUCGCUUUGUGUUCCCAUCCUAUUGUGCCCUAAUGGCUUUGGACCACAGUCUUGGAAGGAAAGCUGUGUUUUGUUUUCUUGCUAUAUUUUCCAACCCAUAAUUUAAGGUCAUCUUCAGAGAACAUGCAGUUAGUGGCUAUUUGGAAUCAGGCUUUUUCAUGGGUGAUACCACCCUAACUUUGAAAUCCCCUCCCAAUAAGUUUGGAGCCAUCUUACUGUUUUACAAUGCCAGGCCUUGAAUUCUUGUUCUUCUAAGUCACCUAAUAAUGUGCUAAUUGCCAUUGUGACUUUUUUUUCUACAAUUUUUACAUUUUUCUAUUAUGUUACUGGUUAUCAGUGUUUAUUUAAUAAAAUGUAUUACUGUAUGUUUUUACUGCUUUGUUUUAGUUUAUUGUUAUAUUUGUAAUUUUUAAUAGUAAACCAUUCUGAUAUAUAUUUCAACAAAAAGUAGUAUAGAAAUGUUUUCAACAAAUAAUUUUAAAAACAAUGUUUGAUUUUACCAGUUUUCAAAUCACUGGUUUGCAUUGUACUGAGAGGUUAAAAUCUAUAUAUGUGGAAGAGUAAAUCCACUUAAUUCAGUGGUACUUUUGCGUAGACUUAUAUGGAUAAGGCUGUUAAUAAUUGAUGAAUAAUUGUAUAUGAAUGAAGCAAAUGAAAAUCAAGGGUAGGUGGUUUUUUUAUGUACAAUAUUUUGAAGGUUAUGUCAAUCUUUAAGAUUAUGUUUUUUCGCAGGGAUUCAGAUUAAUUGCCUCAUAGCACUGUUACUUUUGGUGAGGCUCUAGCAAGAGAAAAAACUAUUUAAUCAUCCUAUUCACUUAUUAACCAACUGACCAGGAGGGAUAAAUCAGUAACUCUCUUAAGCACUUUUGUUUUCAAUCUCAACAAUGUUUAAUUCAGGAAAGUCCAGCUAUUGAUGAAUAGGUAACAUCUCAGCUAAACAUGUGUUUCACUGCCGGAAUAACUAGUAAAAGCAAUACUGAUUCCACUCCGCAGUCCAAAAUGAAGGUGUUGUCAAAUGCCCUUGAGCUUUGCUGAGCAUGCUCACUUGCCUCUAAUGUCAUCAGUGCAUUUGAUUCUUUAGUUGUAUUCUCCUCUCUUUUUCUGUGAAGGCAGAUGAGAGAGUAGCAAAAAGAUCUACACUACAGCUUCAACAUAAAUCCAGAACGGACACCAUUUGCUCUAUUUUUGACUUUCCAGUUCAAAGGCAACAAUACCCAGGUCUAUUUUCUAUGAAUUUAGAAGGCAGAAAUGGAUACACAACUGAAUGUUGCAGAGCAGCUUUCUUAUCCUUAAUAUACUUGGCCUUUGGUUAUUUUGUUAUACAACGCCCUCUAACAAAAGUCCUUAUUAUCUUAUGAAAUGGAUUCUUCCAAGCAAUAUCCAGUGAAAAAACGAGUGAAAAUUCAUCCAAACACUGUGACAGUGAAAUAUAGUUCUUAUUAUCCACAGCCUGGAGAAGAAAGUAAUGAGAAACUGAGUGACGAUAAUGAGAGUUUUACAGAAGAUAAUCCAAAAAGAAGAUUGUUGAGUGAUGGACAACGAACAGGAAAGUCUUUCUUUGGAACAAUUGACAUUCCAUUUCAGACAGGACAGAAGCUAGAAGUCAACAAGAAUGAACAAGGCCAAGAUUUUAUAGAGGGAAGCAUUUUUCAGUCCAGAAAAACAUGGGCUGUUCUUUUUGGAUCUGCUUUGGCCCAUGGUUGUGUAGCUCUGAUAACCAGACUUGCUGCCGAUCGUUCCAAAGUGCCAUCUCUUGAAUUGAUUUUCAUUCGUUCUGUUUUACAAGUGUUUUCUGUUUUAGUAGUAUGCUACUACCAUGAAGACCCUUUUGGACCAAAAGGCCAUAGAUUGCGGCUAUUCUUCUAUGGAGUGUGUAAUGUUAUUUCUGUUACCUGUGCUUAUACUUCCUUUGCAAUUGUUCCCCCAAGCAAUGGGACUAUUAUGUGGAGAGCUACCACCACUGUUUUCAGUGCCAUUUUAGCAUUUUUACUAGUGGAUGAGCGCAUGGCUUAUAUUGAUGUAAUUACUGUAGUGAGUAGUAUCUUUGGUGUUUGUUUGGUCAUGAUCCCCAACAUUGUUGACGAAGAAAAUUCUCUGUUGAAUAUCUGGAAGGAAGUCUUUGGAUAUACAAUGACAGUUAUGGCAGGCUUAACCACAGCUCUGUCCAUGAUAGUAUAUAGGUCCCUUAAGGAUAAUGUCAGCAUGUGGACAGCAUUAUUUACUUUUGGUUGGACUGGAACAAUAUGGGGAGCCUCAACUAUGUUUUUCCUUCAAGAGCCAAUAAUUCCAUUGAAUGGAGAAAGCUGGAGCUAUCUCAUUGGCAUCUGUAUAUGUUCCACCGUGGCUUUUCUUGGUGUCUACUAUGCCUUGAGCAAAUUCCAUCCAGCAUUGGUUAGCACAGUGCAACAUUUGGAGAUUGUGAUAGCCAUGAUUCUUCAGCUUCUUAUACUACACAUCUUCCCCAGCGUUUAUGAUAUAAUUGGAGGAGCUGUUAUCAUUAUUAGCAUAAUUUUCCUUGCGUGUUAUAAGCUAUCUUGGAAAAACCUUAAAAAACAAGAUUACCAGGAAAUAUUAGAUUCUUCUAUUAAAUGAAUACAAAAUUAUUGUAUUUUUAUGUAGUGCAGUGUGCAAUUAAUAUGACUGUGUGUGUAUAGUGCUAUUAACAACAUACCAUGAUUUGUUGUUCAGGUAUUCUACUAAUACAGUUCAGUAGAGUUGUAUGAAAAUGUCUUUUUCAGAUAUGUGAAAAAUGUUUAAAAAUGUGAAAAUUAUGAAAAUCAUAUUCUUAGAUAGUAUACAGAAAGUGCCAAAGAUUAAUAGAGACAGUUUUUGCUAUGAAAAUGGUAUGUCUAUGUAGUCAUCAAGAACUAAUCUAACUUCAAUGGAGUCUUUAUUUUUUUAUCCUUGGAAUCUAGAAAAUAUAAUUUUAUUCUGUGUUUAAAAUAGCAAAGUAAUCUUGGUGUGGAAUAGAGGUAAAUCAUAACAAUCUUAUUCCUUUACUGGUUACAGAAACAAUUGUAUAAAAUUUGUCUUUGAUCUUUGCCAUGUGGUUCAUUGUUAAAGAUAACAUCUGAAUUGUGUACCUGCAGUUCUUCUUUUAAAUAAAAUGUAGUAAUAAUGAGCAAUUUGGUAUUUGAACUGAUGAACACAAAUGACCAUUUUAGGACUUGAUUCAAGACCAGAAAAAUUAUAAUUGCAAAGGAAAAAAUGAAUAUGUAGUCCGAAGAUGAUUGAUGUUGUUAAUGAAAACCAUGUAAAUUUUGUAACAUGUAAUAUUUUAUUAAAAAAUGUUUGUGUGUUUAGGA